AUGGAGCACAGUUGCAAGGAAACCAUAAGUACGAGCGUUCCAUCCGAGAACGCAUGCACAAUUUGGCAUUCCAACAAGUCGGGAACACAAACAAAGGCGUAUGAUGCUGACGAAGCGUUGGUAGUCGCUCGUGUUAUUCAACAAAUACGUGAGGGUGUCAACGGUGGUAUCAAUGGGCAAGACGGAGUCUCGUUCAUUCAGCAAUACUAUCUGAAUAAAGGACUGAAGAUAUUCAAGGAGCGAGGUGAAGACGCGGCCAUGAAAGAACUUGACCAACUGAUCAAGCGCAGUUGCUGGACACCGAUCAGUAUUGAGAAACUAAGACCGACCGAAAGAAAGAAGGCCGUAGAUGCAAUGAUGCUGCUGGCCAAAAAGAAUGAUGGCGUGACGAUCAAAGGACGCUGUGUAUUCAAAGGUAACGAGACCCGGGAUUGGUUGUCUCGUGAGGACACUGCAAGUCCACGGGUGUAA